GCCAUGCGGAGUGAGAUCCUGCUCCUUGCGGUCCUCGUGGUCGUCGAGAGUCACGCUCAUUUCAAUUUUUUCAUUACCGAAGACGAGGUCCUCAAGCUCCUAGGUAUCAAUGCAGAGCUCUUCUACGUGCACAAAGGAGUAGUGAACAACUACGCUCUCAAUUUCGUCGUGAUGAUACCAUCUCAUAUAAAUGAAAUCCUGUUUUCCUGGCAAAGUCUCUUGAAUUAUUCGUUGCCGUACGUAAUAGCAUUGAAGUACAGCCAUGGAAGUAGAGGUGCUCUGCUACCCCCGCAGAUGAAUAUUUCAUCAACUGGUGUGAUACCAACAUCUGUGCAGACAUUCAGUAUCAAACUAAUAUGCACAGGAAACAAAAAUGCGGAAAUAACCGUUGAAAUUCAGCUCAAUGUGAGCACUCACAAACACAAGAACGCUACAACUCUUCGAUUUAGAAGGAACAAGAUCUGCCUCAAAAGUAUCGAUACAUCUCGAAACGAUUCGAUCCGAUUCGAGGCCGGAACAUUGGGAGCAACAACGGGGUCUCUUUAUGUAGCCGUUGCCUGUGCUCUUGCUAUGAUUACUCUUAUUGUCGUCGUGACGUCUGCUAUUUGUGUGAAGAAGAAAAGUCGCAAUCAGGAGCCCACUUACAUGACCGCCCUCUACGACAGCAACCCGCACAUGUUCCUGCGCUCGGCCCUGGGAAGACCGCCAAGCGCCGAGAGUGGCAGCUACGCGACAAUAGCUAGUGUCCACAAAGGUCCCCCUUCACCUUCUCCAUACGCCACCAGCGACGCUUGCCAAUUUUAUUCUUCGAGCGAUGCAUGCAGAGUUUCCUAUUACGCUUCAUCACAAAUCAUGUUGAUUUCCCAGGUGUCCAUGCAGGAUCCGCGCCACGUGGACCCGAGCAAGCGGUUGCGCUCUCUAUCGGUCCUGCGAGAAACUAUUACGUUAGAUUGCGUUUUGGAAGAGGGAAUCUUCGGCAGGAUUUAUCAAGGCACUUACAGGCAGCAGCACGUUAUAGUGAAAUCUACGAAAGAAAAUGCAUCGAAGCGACUGAUGAGUCUCUUCCUGGCAGAAGGAUCGAUGAUGUACGGAUUAGAACACAAAAACGUCUUGACCAUAUUGUGCGCCAACCUGGAUGAUCCCAAGCAACCCUUGCUCGUUUACCCUUACUCUAAUAGAGGAAACUUGAAAAGGUUCUUAAUAAAAUGCCGUCAAAAGAAGGAGAAUAACAUUGUGCUAUCUACCCAGAAUUUAGUCGACAUGGCCAUACAAAUCCUCUUAGGCGUUAUGUAUUUGCACGGCCAGCAUAUUUGCUACAAAGACGUAGCGGUAAGAAACGCAGUGGUAGACGAGAAACUUCAAGUCAAGAUAAUGGACAAUUCUCUAUCGCGAGACCUCUUUCCCAACGAUUAUUUUUGCCUGGCCGAUCAGGAGAGCAAACCCAUCAAAUGGAUGGCUUUGGAAAGCUUGCUUUACAAUCAAUUUAGCGCUGCUUCCGAUGUGUGGUCUUAUGGAGUAGUGCUGUGGGAAUUAUCAACCAUGGCGCUACAGCCAUACGUCGACGUGGACCCUUUCGAGAUCACGACGUACUUGAAAAAAGGUUACAGACUUAGCCAGCCUCUUGGAUGUCCCGACGAACUAUUUGCUGUCAUGACUUACUGUUGGAUGACCAGUACUACUGAGCGUCCACAGCCUAAUCAACUCUUAGCGUACCUACAAGAUUUUUACACAGCUUUAUGUAGAUUUAUUUAAACAGGGUGCUACAGCAACUAGACCAGGCUUAUACACUUUCUUAUUAUCUAUAAAAAUGUGAGACUGAAAUUUGUAAGACAAUUAGCGCGUAGUAAGAGUUUAAAUGAGAUGAAAAGAAAACUUUUAAAAUAUUUACUUCCCGAAUGUUUACUGUGCAAAAAACUUCACUAUCACCACAUAUUUAGUAAGAGUUUCUAUUUCCACGCAGCUUUUCGUUUCGUAAAAAUCUAUUUUUAACUUGAUGAAUUUAUUAACAUGAAAUAUUUCAACAUAUCGUACUAUGUACUACUGUUUAUCCCAUUUUAUUUAUUUUUGGCGCGAGUUCGUUCUGCCUGUUCAUUGAAAAAUCUGAAAAUUUUCCAACUUACACUACAUAUAUUAUUCGUGAAAAAUGAUUCAUCGGGACCCGGUUUUACUUUUCUCGCAAACAUUUUACGUAUGAAGUCAUUUCCUUGAACAUAAAAAUAUGUACUUAUGUAUGUACAUACAGUGUGAUUCCAAAACGUGCUUUAUUUUAUCGGGAUGAGGGUAUUGAAUUCGAUCAAAUCGAGUAAUUAAUAAUUAUCUUUAUAAUUAAUUUUUAUCUUAUAAAUACGUACCUUUGCAUACCUAUAUGAGUUUUAAAUAUUUGUCAACAAAAAUUUGAUUUAUAUCGUGCAUAAGUAUAAUAAUAAUUAUUAUUUAAUGCAAUAAUUAAAUGCAGGGUUUUCUCGAACUGAUGCCACUAAAUUAUAGGGGUGGUAGUUUGCAU